UUGUUAUAAUAAUGAAGUCUCCCCCUUUUCAAUUCUUUAACUCAAAAGACAAAAGAUUCUUCCUCCCCUCUCUCUCUCCCUACAGUGUGUGUAUCCAUCUUUUUAUCAUGCAAAGUCCUCUUCUGUGCUAUUUAUAGCCCCUACCUCCUCCACCUCCUUCCACACACUUCACAACACAUUAAUCACCAAGCAAAAUUCCCCUAAACACUUUCUUCAAUCACUCUCUUUCUUCAUAGCAAAAAAUGGGGGAAAAUUUCCUUUCUCCAACAUACUUGAUUCUCCUGCUAAUAACCAUCACACGGUUGAUAUCCACAGUGGGGAAAACCGAGCAAUGGAAAUCCCUGCUACUACCAGAGAUAUCCAACAAGCUCCGUGAGGACCCUGAAGCCAUUCAAGGAGCUUCAAGGGACUACGGCAACCUCAUCCACGAUGUCCCAGCAGGGGUGUUUGUUCCAUCCUCGGUGCAGGACAUAGCUACUCUGAUAAAGCUUUCAUACAACAACAACAAAGUUGGUGAUUCUGUCCCUUUCAGCAUCGCGGCGAGGGGUCAGGGGCACUCAACGAAGGGACAGGCGAUGGCGCGCGACGGGGUGGUGGUGGACAUGGCAAGGUUCAGAGAAGGAGGGAAUGGUGUUGGAAUCACUGUUGGAGGAGGAGGGGGAAAGCAGUACUAUGCUGAUGUUGGUGGAGAGCAACUUUGGAUUGAUGUGCUGCGUGCCGCCAUGGAGCAUGGACUUACACCUGUUUCUUGGACUGAUUACUUGUAUUUGACUGUGGGAGGGACUCUUUCCAAUGCUGGCAUAAGUGGCCAGACAUUCAAAUAUGGUCCUCAAAUCACAAGUGUUCUUGAAAUGGAUGUCAUCACCGGAAAAGGAGAAUCUGUAACCUGCUCCAAGCAGACAAAUUCAGAGUUAUUCUACGCGGUUCUUGGAGGUUUAGGACAAUUUGGAAUUAUAACAAGGGCCAGAAUUGCUCUGGAGCCAGCACCCAAGAGGGUUAAAUGGGUCAGAUUUCUUUAUGAUGACUUUUCUGCUUUCACCAAAGACCAGGAACGAUUAAUCUCAAUCAAUGGAAGCAAACAAAAAAAUAGAUUGGAUUAUUUGGAAGGGAUGCUGCUAAUGCACCAAGGACCCAUAAAUAAUUGGAGAUCUUCUUUCUUCCCUUUAGCCGACCAUCCAAGAAUAAUUUCCCUAGUAACUCAACAUAGAGUCCUCUAUUGCCUUGAAGUGGCCAAAUAUUAUGAUGACCAAUCCGAAGUCAAUGUGGACAAGGAACUGCAAGUUUUGUUUCAGGGACUGAGCUAUAUCCCUGGAUUUUACUAUGAAAAAAAUGUCUCAUUUGUUGAGUUCUUGAAUAGAGUCAGAAGUGGAGAACUGAAGCUUCAGUCACAAGGACUAUGGGAUGUUCCUCAUCCAUGGCUUAAUUUGUUUAUACCAAAAUCUCAAAUCUUGGAUUUUGAUUCAGGUGUAUUCAAGAAUAUCAUUCAUAAAAGAAACAUCACUACAGGACCUGCCUUGGUUUACCCCAUGAACAGAAACAAGUGGGACAAUAAGAUGUCAGCAUCUAUACCAGAUGAGGAUGUGUUCUAUGCAGUUGGAUUUUUGCACUCAAGUGGGUUUGAUAAUUGGAAGGCUUAUGAUGCUCAGAACAGAGAGAUCUUGCAAUUUUGUAAUGAUGCAGGGAUUAAGUAUAAGCAAUACCUUCCCCACUACCGCACACAGGAAGGUUGGACAAACCAUUUUGGUCCUAAAUGGGGGACUUUUUCGGAAAGAAAACACCAGUUUGAUCCAAGAAUGAUUCUUUCACCAGGACAAAGAAUCUUCAACAACAAUUAACCCAGCUUUUUGAUUAGUUUUUAAUGAGAAAAAAUGAAAAAGAGACAUAUGUGUAUAUAUGAUAGCUGGUUCAGAGUUCAGAUCCAUAGCUUUUGUACUUUUUUUGUUAGAGGUGGGGUUAAGAGGUGCAUUGCUUUGGCAUUUAUAUAAAUCAGGUUAUACAUACCUUAGAUACGUUUGGUUCACAAAAUCUUAUGUGAGAGGUGCACACAGCUAGCUGUAUCUUUCUUUUUCUGUGUGUCCCUCACUUUGUCUAGUAACACUAAUUAAAAGGAAUAGUAGCUUCAAAACUAGCUAGUGUAGCUAGUGUAGAGAAAACGUUUAUGUUAAGGAUUUUUAUCUUAAUGGGCAAUGAGUGUGUUUGGUGA